AUGUCCGACUCUGUCCCUGGCUUGGAACCUUUCACCUUCACCAAUCUCUCAGGACCUACAUCUCCACACGAUCAAAACAAUGCCAGUCCUGCGAGUCAGGAAAAUGCUUCACAUCACCCUGCUUCAAGCGAUCUGUUGACGGUAUCGUUUCCUCACUCACCUGAACAACAUGAUAUGCCUCCUUGGCCAUCGUCUUUAACCCCCGAUGAGACGUAUACUCAACAAAACUCGUAUCCGCCUGCGUUCAACUCAUACCAGGGGACUGGUUCCUCUGAUCAUGUCAACGUCGGUUACGCUCCGUCAGUGUUCGAGACACCAUCUCACCCACACUACAUGCUGUCACAUGCUUCGUCGACGUCGUCUCUCAAUUCUCUCUCUUCGUUCUCUGCAGCACCCUCGAUGGCUUCCAGUGGCCUCUUCGUCCAGGCUUUCCCCCACGAGCAAAUGCCAAUGUCGAACUCGCAUUCUCACUCUCGUCACUCAUCCAUUUCCUCUCUGUCGGGACUGGAAGACAAAAGCAUGUUCUCUCAACAUGGCUCUAUGUUGGACAUGUCGUUCCAGAUGCCUCAGGGAAUGUCGGAUAUGACGGGCUCGUUCCAGUCUCAAAGUGCAACUUCAACGCCUUUCCGAUACACACCAAAAUUGGAGUUACAAACACACGGCUUGGGACGUGCGAUUGGUAGGACGAGAAGCUCCAGCAGGGCGACACCUUAUCACCGAAACCGUUCCGAUUCGGUGUCUGCAAAGUCCGAAGAUGAAGACCUUGGAGACCUCCUUAGCGCUGCAAGCUCGCAAAACCCCUACAUGACUCAGUGGGGAUCUGGCAAUGCUCUCGCGGGAGGGUUUGGAAAGAUGACCCUUCAUCACCGUCGGACAUCUUCUAAUACCUCGAACAUGUCAGCAAUGAAGACCUCGCCUCGUCCCAUGCUCUCGCGAGCGAAGCGAUCGUCUUCGUUGGCUCUUCGCAAGCAGGCAUCCUUCGAUCUUCUCUCGGCGAGUGAUAUCAAGCUAGUCGGCUCAGCGGCGGAACGAGAAGAGAUGGUGAGGAGGGACUUGACUCAGAAAGCGGAGCAGGUAAAGUGUCUUCCCGCGACCUCUCAGCAGGACAAAGCACGGGCUCUUUGGGUGAAACGAUGGUUGAAUCUGAGCUACACUACCGCUGCUGGAUAUACUGUCCCUCGACAAGGUCUGUAUCAUUCGUACACCGUUUCAUGUGACGAAUAUGGUCUCAAGCCAAUCAACUCGGCUUCCUUUGGUAAAGCCGUGCGUAGUGCUUUCGCAGGUAUCAAAACUCGUCGUCUUGGUGUGAGAGGGAACAGUAAAUACCAUUACGUUUCAUUACGACCGGCUAUUCGUGUCGAAGCCGAACGAUUGAAUGCUUACGGAGAUUCGAGCGGACAAUGGCAUGUGGCUCCUGAAGAUGGUUCGAUGGGGUUUGAAGCUUCUCACAAUGGUGUGGAAGAAGAUAUGGAUGGUGAAGAUGUAGAUGACACGGAGUUUGAUGACGAGGAUGACGUCUUCUCGUAUGUCCUUGAUUCUCUCAUACCGUUGAAGAAACCUCAUACCAUUGAAGAAACUCUGCUGAAUGUCAAAAGUCGUAUCAAGCGUUCACCAUCCUCGAAUGACCUCAGUAACCUAUUCAAUCAAAAGACCAACCGUCCAACGUCUUUAGAGAUGGCCCAACGUCCCCGAUCGGCAUUUAUCAGACGUCACACAACUUCCACGUAUCCGACCAUCCCAUCAGCCUCUGCCGAAUCAAACGAGUUGUCUGGUCCCCCACUGUACACCCUCCCAGGGUUUCCGUCUCUUCAAGAUGUCCUCAAUGCCGCCCCGCAUCUUUCAGUAGAGACCACACAUAGUUUUUGGAGUAGUUUUUCUCAUCAUCUUGAUAUAUUAGUCAGCUGCGUCAGGGGUCUACACUUCGAUAGAUACGAACUCAAUUGUCGAACAUUUUGGAGUAACCUUUCACCCGCAAGUCUUCAAGCUGCACAAGAACAGGGGAUCUCCAAUCUCGUCUCCGUGGGUUAUGCGGUGGCGUAUGACCACAUGGUUUCGGUCUUGUUGUCAAAAGUUCUGGCACCAUUGUCCGCCAACAGUCAGAAUUCUUUGAGAGCGCUGUCGCAGAACUUGGAGAGUAUCAUGGAAGAGUCAUUAAGAGGGUUCCCAAGGGAGUUCUGCGAGGACAAAUUUGAAUUGACUGUUAGAGUGGCCCAUUUGUUCAAAUGGCAAUCAAAGAACGAUCGCUUAUUCCUAGUCCGAUUCAUAGACCUUCAUCAACUGACCGCCGCCCUAUCUCCCAUCUUAGCAAACCAAGACCAAGUCCGUUCCAUGCUCAACGCUUGGGAAAACCUCGACAUGUCCGUCAUCUCUGAUCAAUGCGCCUUAUCAGCGAAUUGUCAACAAGACGUUUUGGAAGGUAUCUUGAGGGAGUUCCAUCGAUGGUUGUUGGAUGCUGAGGCAUCACCUAAUAGAGGUGGAAAGGCAAUUGAAAGAUUGGGACAAUGGAUCGACGGAGUGCUACACGAUUUGCAACAUGGGAGUGAAAUGGCUGCUCCUAUGCCAUUGCGGGCACUCGUCCCAAGAGCAGGAUUCAUAACUUCUCAGGUCAUGCGUGAUUUUACCCUGAAAUCCGACCCUUCAUUCGGUCUCUUCCAACUGAUCAAAACUUGGAUAGACGAUUGGAUCUCCAUUCACGCUCUUCGUCAAACUGCUCUUUCACCCAAUUCAGUCCAAGUUCAAUCUCUGCAAACAAAUAUGAGCGUCAUCAUCCCUUCCCAAGGACCCGAUUUCGUUUUACCUGAUCUCAACACGGCUGUACCAUAUCAUUUCAAUAAUGGAAUGGAAUAUUCCAAUGGAGCGCAAUACCUAUCUAUGCCUUCUUUCGAAGGUAAUUCCGUAACUCCUCGUCCUUUAUUCGGUACGGACCAUCAACAGCAACAGCAACAACAACAGUAG